GCAGACUGACCCACCACCUCUCUGUAAGUUCGCUGGCUUACUAGAGUCCCCAUAACCUGCAUAAAUACCGUCCGCGAUACUGAAACAUAAGCUUUCAGUAUCACUUCCUUUUGGCGUAACGGUGAAGCGGACGACAGUCUUGACUCACCAAGUUACACUAUCAUGCCAGUGACUCGUUAUACCACGUCUUGCGCCUCCAGAGAGUCACCCUUUUCUCAACGUCAAGGACCCAUAUUCAUAAGGCGGCCUUCACAGGUCUCCAUAGACAGCUUGUGCAACCCUCGGCUUCCUGCACGCUACCUCCAUGCAGGAUUGAAAAUGAGCUCCCAGAUGUGCUACAAGACACAAAGAGCGAUUAGAGACUUAGCUCUUCAUCACAUCGAUUUUUCGAUACCGUAUUUGGAGCAGUCUCAAUCACAAAUAGAUUUUUUCAAGAGAGAGGUCCUACUUGAUCGAGAGCUGUCGCACCUGAUGCACUAUGAAGACGCUUGGGCAGUGGAAGUGUUCCUUGGAAAAAUGUAUAAUCGCCCGAGAAUUAUGAGAAAUUUCCAGAAACUGAACUCCGAGCUUCAAAUUAUGCAGCAUGACCGUCAGAGACAAUCAGACGUUCACUCUAUCAAUCCGGUUACUCAGAUUGGAGAUGUACAGCAUGACCGUCCGCGUCAAACGUCACUCGCUAUUUGCUCUGGCAACCAGAUUACUCGGCCCACCAGUAAAGAUGCACAGCAUGACCUUGUUUGUUCUGAUAAUCAGGCUACUCCUGAACCUCAGGAUAAUCAAGUGAACGCCAUCCAAGACGGUGGUGCUUCGGACACUGCAUCAUGUCUGACUCUGUUGUCAACCCUCCUGGCUUCAACGCCAGGUUUUCACCGCUUCCAUGCGGUAAUCAUCGAGGCUGGCUUGUCCACUGACGAGCAUCUCUACUAUUUCUUCCGGAUGACAUUUAAGGGGAGGGAGAGAUUCGUCACAGAAGCACUCAAGGAGACCUCUACCCUGUUUGAACGAGUUGUAAUCAUGGAUAUUCUGGAAGAAUUAAGAGAUGACAUCCUAGUUGGUCGUUUAUAACACUUACACGGUGAUGAUUACGAACUUUGUUUGUAGAGAAAUUUACGCCUCUUAGUCACGGCGGGCUUUGAUAUUAGUGACU